AUCAGCUGUCGGCAUUUUCCCUAAGCCUGAAAAAGUCACAGACACAGCUGGGAGCAGGACUCCUUCCACCAUUACAACUGCUCGGACUCAAACUUUCAACUGGGAUUCAGCAAAAAAAAAGGCAAAGAAAACAACACAGUGAGGAGAAAGAUUUUGGCAAGUACUGCACCUCACAUGAGAAGAAGGUUUUCGUCUGAGGGCUUCCAAUACUGACCAGCAGACAUCCAGUGGAAGGACAGGAGGUCAACUAUCCCACUGCCUAAAAUAUCUGCAGCAGACUCUAGAAGUGCAGCCUGUUAUUUCUUCUCAAGACAGUGUUCCUCAAUUGGUGAACAACCUUCAUCAGCUCAAGAUGGCUCAGAAGAUGAAUGUGAUCCAACAAUCAAGUGUUACUCAGAAUCUGGAAAAUGAUCUUCUACCACCACCUCCACCACCUGACAUACUCGAGGCUGCUGUCAAGCCAAGCACCACAGUAGAAGAGCACCCACAAAACAUACCACCACCUCCACAGCAAGCCUUUGCCAAGUUUCACCAGCAACGCCAAAUUAAUGAAUUGAAGAGGCUUUACAAGCACAUGCACCCAGAGCUUAGGAAAAACCUACAGGAGGUGGUCAGUGAGGACUGGGCUGAGGUGUUGAAUGCCGAGCAGGCUGCUGCUGCAUUAGCAACUGGUACACAUGGCUUUGGCAACACAGUGCUUCAGACUGAGGUCCAGUCUAUGCGCUGGAUAUUUGAUAACUGGCCUUUGGACACCAUUGGAGAUCAUCAAGGGGCUAAGAAGCUGAAAGAUGAAGAGACCAUUCUCAGCGGAGAUGUGAAAAACACAUCUUGGAAGUUUGAAAACCAGACAAUUAAUGACAUCAGCGCCCAGUAUUCAGAAUUUUCUGAAAACUCCGUUGAUGGAAAAGAGCAAAUAAAGGGUGAUGUCCGCACAGCACUGUGGUUGUUUGAAACACAGCCCAUGGAUUCCUUGAAUAAAACUUACUCCAGUGAGAAUGAUCUCCAAGAAGCAGUCCUAAAAGAGCCUGUGCGGAAAGGAGACGUAAAAGGGGCAAAACUAUUAUUUGAGACCCAUCCAUUAGGCGAUUUGGGACGUAGCAACUCUGUGGAAGAAAGCAGCAUAUUGCAACUGCGCUCCGAAAUUCAGGAACUGAAGGGUGACGUAAACAAGACAGUGAAGUUAUUUGAGACUGAACCAUUAUGUGCCAUUCGAGAUACUGUCGGGAACAUCCACCAAAUUAAAUCUAUUUGCAGGGAGGAAGUCCAACACAGCGGCAAUGUCCAAAGUGCUCGCUGGUUGUUUGAAACUCAACCCCUGGGCAGCAUUAACCAAGAUCUUUCAAGAGUAAAGAUCAUUCGAGGCAUUUCCCUGGAAGAGACUCAACAAGGUGGUGUUGGCAGAAAAAGAUGGCUGUUUGAAACACAAGCAUUGGAUACCAUCAAAGAGCAGACCGAGGAGUCAAAUGACAAAGCUAGUGUUAAAGUAAUAGAAGGCGGAGAUGUGAAUAAGAAGUGUUGGCUCUUUGAAACUCAGCCUCUUGACACACUGAAGGAAACCCCUUCUGAAGAGGUCACCAAAGAAGAAGUAAUUGGAGGCAAUGUGCGCAGCAGCCUUUGGCUGUUUGAGACACAGCCAAUGGAAAGCUUGAAGGACAGCUUUGAAGUUGGUCAUUUAAAGAGAGUUGUGACAGAAGAAGAGAAGGGAGAUGUGAAAAAAAGAACCCGUAUUUUUGAAAGCUGCUGUCUGGACAGUAUUAACAAGGAGCAAAGUGAGACCUCCGAUACCAGCAAGACGUUGGAAAUACAGAAAGGAGAUGUCAAAACUUAUAAAUCUCUAUUUGAAACUCUACCUCUUCAUAGUUUUAAAAAUUCAGAUGAAAUCUCUCCUGAGAAGCAGACUGAAGUGUUAGCAGGACACGUAAAUGAGAACAGAGCUCUGUUUGAAACCAUCCCUCUCUAUGCUAUCAUGGACAGUGCUGGUCACUGCCAUCAAGUCAAGACAGUAAGUCGAGAACAAGUUGUUAGUGGUGAUGUCAAACAUUAUAGAUGGAUGUUUGAAACCCGCCGACUGGAUCAGUUUGAUGAAGACACACAAAAUGUGGAAUUAGUUAAAGGCAUCACGAAAGAGGAGAUCCAUGCUGGCAAUAUGGAGACAACACGGUGGCUAUUUGAGACACAGCCCCUUGAUGUCAUACAUGCCAACAUAAAUAAAACAGAGAUUCAAAGCUCUGACUACAAAGAUGUGGUAAAAGGUGAUGUCAAUACAUGUAGAUGGCUGUUUGAAACACAGCCAAUGGAUGCUUUGUAUGAAAAGUUAGAGACCAAGCAAGAGGAUGAAACCCAACUAAAAGGCAAUGUCAAAUCAUACACAUGGCUUUUUGAAACACAAGCAUUGGAUAGUAUCAAUGAGAAAGGUGAACAGCAGCUCAAGGUCUUAAGUGCAAACCACGAUGAUGUUAAAGGAGUAGAUGUGAAGACCACAAAGCAUCUUUUUGAAACUGAACAAAUUGGCAAUAUGACCGGUGGGCUGGAUGAGGCACAGAAUAUGAGAUACACAAGUGAGGUGGACAUUCAGUCAGGGAACGUGUCGAGAGUGAAAGAAAUCUAUCAAAGCACUUCACUCAAUGAAAUAGGUGAUGUGGUCGAAAAUGUAAACAGCAUCAAAUCCAUGCCACUGGAUGCUACGCAGUCAGGAUCAGGUUGUGUACACAAGUUCACCUGGCUGUUUGAAAACUGCCCAAUUGACUCCAUUAAAGAAAUGACAGAAGAACACACACCCAAAAAUACAAUCACUGAUAUAAAGGGAGGUGAUGUUUGUGGCAAAAGAUUUGUUUUUGAGACCCACUCAUUGGAUCAGAUAAAAGAUAAAACUGAUAUAAUGGAUCUCAGUUCAAGAAAGGAAGAAUCUGUUGCCAAGGGAGACGUGAAAUCGUGCACCAUGCUCUUUGAAACACAGCCCCUUUAUGCAAUCCGAGACAAGGAAGGCCAAUAUCAUGAAGUUACUGCAGCGACAAAGGAGGAAAUUAUGAAGGGAGAUGUAAGGGGUACUAGGUGGCUCUUUGAAACCAAACCACUGGAUACAAUCAAGCCAAUGGAUGAGGUGUUCGUGCUCAGAGCUGUUACGCAGGAGGAUGUGCAGCACGGAGAUGUGACAGCAGCUCGAUGGAAAUUUGAGACCCAGCCUUUGGAUUCAAUCAAAGAUGAAGCACGACCAGGAAUUAAAGUGGUGGACGAGGUCCAAGGAGGAAAUGUACAAGCAAGUAAGCAACUCUUUGAAGGGCAGCAGAUAAACCGCAAGUAUGUAAGGAUGGUCAGUGUCAGUGACGUUCAGAGUGGAGAUGUCAGAACAUCAACUUGGCUCUUUGAAAAUCUCCCCAUUGAUUCCUUGAAAGGAGCAGCUGAAGAAAGCACAUGUGCAAAAACUGUCCACAGAGAAGACGUACAGAAAGGAGAUGUGAAAAGGUGCACAUGGCUGUUUGAGUCCCAACCAUUGGACAGCUUCAAAGAUUCAGACACUACAUUGAAAAAUGAAACCAAAGAAAGAGUGACAGAUGCUGAUGUGAAGUCUACAACAUGGUUGUUUGAAACAACUCCCCUGGAUACAUUCAUUCGUGCUCAAUGUAGCACAGAAAGUGCUGAUAUGACAGAACAAAGUGUCCAGACAAGUUUACAGACUUUAUACAAUUGUAAAGCUAUUUUGUCAAGGGGACUUCUCAUUGAAUCAAGUGAGGUAGGCAUUCUAAAAAUGGCCAAGUAUCAACUAAUGAAUCACAAUGGCCCGCAUAUUCUAAAAGAAGAAGUUAUCGGUGGUGUCUUGCAGAGAAUUCUGUGGCAGUUGCUUCAGAAGAAGGAAUCCCUCCACCCUGAAGGGAUUGUGCUGAAGGAAGAUGGAAGUGGGAGAAUUUCUUCACAUAAAGUUCAGCUGUUCUCUCAUUGUGAAGGAGGUGUGAAGAAAGAUGGAGACAUUGCUAAUGAAAUUUAUAACCUUCUUAACCAAGACGGUAAAGUCAAAAAAGGGAUUUUGAUUCAGGAAACUGAAAGCAAAAUUGCUCAGAUAACUGUUUAUUCACUGGUUAAUCGUCAACAAAGUGAAGAAGUUGAAAAAGAGGUUAUCAAAGGAGAUGUAAAAUCAACCAUUGAUAGUCUUCUUGCUUCUACUAAGCAGCAAACUACAUCAAUGACAGUAAAACGUGAGGAGAAUGAGAAAGGGAAUGUCCAACUGUACACAACAUGCAUUGAAUCAGGCACAUUGGACUAUCUCAAGAGGGACCAAGAGGAAACUGAUGAUUCUACAGUUUCAGCACAGAAAGAGGAAAUUGUACGUGGUGAUGUAGAAGGUGCUAUAAGGAAUUUGAAACAGAGUGGAGGACAAAUUGAAAGGACAGUUGAUGAUAUUGUACCAGGAGAUGUCAAAGGAACCAAGAAAUACUUCUUAACUGAACCACAAACUGCCCAUGAUAUUGUUCAGAAAGAAGAUAUUUUAGGUUGUAAUAGCAACUCUAUUAAUCAGUUCUUGGGGCAGGCUGCAAAUCAGUCCACAGGGGUGGAGAAUGAAGAACUUGUCACUGGCGAUGAUAAGGCUCCACCACAAUCAGUGAAGAGUGUAAAGUACCAAACAAGACAGCUGGACACGGAAGGCAUUGUCCAUCAUAAUACGAAGGACACUUUGGUUACACUGCAAGAAUCCACAAGUGAUAAGAAGGGGAUGAGAAACGGGCAGCAUUCCGAACCUUUUGUUCACUUGCUGGGUGGUGCCUCCCGCGCAGUGCCAGAGGUGAGGGCAGAAAAUACAGCAGGUCAGGACCUUCAAGUAGCAAUGGAGAACCUUAGAGAGGUUGCAGCUGAAGCACAGACUACCCAUCACAAAUCCAGCACACGAGAACAGUUCAAGAGUAGCGCACAAAACUCAGCAGCAUUUCAAAGUCAUCAAGCUACUCAGUACAAGACUUCAACAGAAAAGAUAAAGAAAAAUGUACAAAUGUCCACGCAGCAGCAAGGCAGCAUGAUGCCAAGGCAUCGGACAUGCACCCAAAUGACUGUCACUCAACCCCAACAGCUGAACAGCCAGCAAAAUACUCAACAGGUCAGUGCGUAUGAGGGACAAGGACAUUUUCGGUCAGAUUCAGCUUACUCUAAUGAAGGUCAGAAAGGUGAAUAUUUAACAAAGGUAGUUAACAAUGGCAGAACUGAAAUAGGAGCUGCUUCAGAACAUGUGCAGACUCUUGGUCAGUACUCGUCCACCAACUUAGAGGAGGAAGAUUGGGCAGUGGCAGAUCAGGAGAUAAUUGCCAAGGGAGAUGUAAAGUCAACCAUCCAGUCUUUAAAACAUUCAGUGGCAGAACAGAAGUCUGUCAAGAGGGAGGAAGUUGUUCGAGGUAACUUGGAGGCAGCUCUCCAUUCUCUGGGAAAAGCUAAUAUGAAUGUUUCCAAAGGUGAUUUUAAAACUGCCAUGAUAUAUAGAACUGCAGGCCAGUCACAUUCAAGUGACAAAAUGAAGAGUGGCGUUAGAACUGAUUGUAGUCGAGUUUCGCUAUCACAAUCUGACACUGAGUCUCCUCCUCCAUUUCCAGUGACGGAGCGCCCUGUACUCUCGAGUGAAGCUUGUGGCCAACUGUCUGUGGAGGCCAGACCCUUUCCCUGCAACCGGUCUGAAUCUACUGCCGUGAAAAAGCCAGCAAAUUCUCAGUAUCCUCCACCUCUUCCACCCAAGGCCCACGAAAGAAGCAACGUCUUGUCUAAACCAUCGAUUGCACCAAAACCACACACGAUACCACCUGCCCGGCCAAUGCAGGCAGGCAAACCCAUGCCACCUCCCAAGCCAGAACAUUUGCCAUCAAUCCAUUCUUCCCCAAGUCCAACUAAUCCACCAAAGAGCUAUGCAUCAGCUGUGCCAAUACCAAACCCAUUGCUUUCAAAGGGAUGCAACACCCCAGGGUUUAUGCUAAUGGGAAAGCCUGGCAGAACAUCAAUCCCUACAGAGGAUGUCCAUCCAUCAGACUGUCAGCCUGGCCAACAGAAAAGACACUGUGAGCAGUCUCUAUCAGAGCAAGCAUCCAGCACAAUGGCAUCUUACACCAAAGUAUUGAGAACUCCCUUGCAAUUGGCAGAAGAGAAAUACAAACAAACAAAGGAAGGACACAGCAAGCCAACUGUCAUGGUAAUUAACCCUGUGGCACACGUAGUAUUAAAGGGAAACUCUUCUGGAAACCAUGUUGAGGCCAAUGGCCCAAUGAAAACAGAACAAGAAAUUGUACCAAAGGAACAGACUGUUGCAGAAACCCAGCAGGGAUUCAAACAGUCAUAUUCCCAGCAAAGUAUGCAGAGUGCUGAAAUGUCUCAGGGAUCUAAAGCUGCCCUUUACACUUCUGGUACCCAGGACAAACAAAGCUCUCCUCAAAUGAACCAGGCUAGCAGCUGGAAAGAGGAUGUGACAAUGACAGAGACUAUGUCUGCUUUACCAAAAGAAGUUGAAAUUAUGCAACCAGAAAUCACAGCCGCUGGUAAAGCGCAAAAGAGUUAUCUGCAGCCUCGGCCAAGCCCAGAGUUGUACCCACAAGAGUCAUUCAAAGUGCCCUUUGAACAGCAGCCAGCCCAGAGUAGCCAGUACAACAGAUGCAUGGGUCAGCACGGAUUCAGUACGCAGACGGUAGCGACAAAUCGCCAACAAGGGCACCUUCACACAGAGCAACAGCGCACCCCACAACCAGAUGCAGUUGUAAUGCGCGGGAAGCGGCAGCAGGGGAAAGAGACUGAAGAUGAUCGCAGGAAAAGGUUAUCAGUUCACAAAGAGGAAAUAAUGCGAGGAAAUGUGAAGGCGGCGAUGGAGAUAUUUGAAAAUUUGAGAAAGCGAGAAGAGCUGCACAAGAUCUUGUCUCAGGUUAAAGAGUUUGAAGAGGAGACUUUUCAAGUGAAUGUAAAAGGUCUGAAAAGUUUGUUUGAGAAUGUGCCUGAAUGGGUGGUGCCUAAGAAUAAAGUGGCUAAGCAACUGAAACCAACUGAUCGACAAAAGGAUGAAUUUCAGAAUCAGCCUAAUGUAGCCAAGGAUGAAUUGGAAAGUCUGUCCUCCAUGGAGCUUGUGUUUGAAGACCUUGAAAGGGCAAGUAUGGAAAUCAUCUACCUGAAAGAACAGACACUGGCGAAGCUGCUACACAUCGAAGAGUCCAUUAAAAAGGCUCUCUAUUCCGUUUCCAAUCUGAAAUCGGAGUCUGAUAUCGUGGGACUCUCCGGCCUUUUUCGGGAGUCACUGGGGGUUGCUUCAAGCUCCCCAUCUGGUAACAUUAAGAAGAUCAGUCUGGUCUCCAGCAAAUCGAGUGCAGAAAAAGCCAAGGAACGUAAGGAGGAUCAAAUUCGAAAAGAAAUGUUAAACGAUUCAGAGAAACAAGUGUUAGAUAUUCCAGCCAUUCCGGCUCGUGUGAGCACUCCAUCAUCUCCCUCCUAUAUUUCCAUUGAAUCAGCAGCUAGAAAACCGACAGGUUCCUUAAAAAACAACCCACCAAUCGCACCAACAGAAAGUAUGUGCAUUUCUCCUGCUCCUCAAAACGAGCACGCUGCACCAUUAUCUCCAAAAGCAACAACCUACAAUGAUUUUCAGAAUCCAGUUCUUUGCAAUGGACACCAGGGUGAUACAGCAGAGAAGGCAAAGCAUGAUGCUGUUGGCAGCAAGAACUCAGUGCCAAAAGACACCAAUGAGUUAAUUCAAACUGAGGACAGAAAUGGAAACAAAAUUGCCCCUAUCAAUGCGUCCAAUGGAGUCAUCCCCUUAAGUGGAUUUAAAGGCAAUGUUUUUGAAAGAACACAGACGCCAGUCCCUCAGAGAAGCAAAAGUGUUGUAGAGUUCAAGACGGGACCUGAUGGAGGUGAGAUAGUCGGUACGAAGACUGUCAUGGAAAAAUAUGAAGAGAUUGAUCGAUUUGGAAACAAAAUCAUCACAUCAAAAACCUCAACCACAGUCACAAAGCAAUCAGAGUCUAGAACCUCAUCAACAUAUGAGGUAGUUCAAGCACCACCCAAGUAUGAGGUUGCUACUUCUCCCCGUAUGGGUAGAUACCUGCAGAACCCAUCAAAGCUAGCAGAAGAUUCAUAUUCAAAUGCUAAGGAAAGCGGGGCCAUGUUUGUUUCCAUUGGCAAUCCCAAUUCGGUAAAGAAAUGUUAAAUAUUAGAGUCACACUAAAUUCUGUUAAAUACAACCUAUGGCACAGUGGUCAAGAAAUAUAGAGCUGGGAAAAGAACAUCCAUGGAGUUGGAAAUCUGAAAUAAGAAUCAAAAAGGUGCUGCAAAUGCCCAGCAGGCCUGGUCAAUCUCUCAAAGGAUGGGUUUGUAUAACACGUCUAGGUGGAUAGAAGUUAAUGGAGGACCCACGCAAAAAAGUGCCAAACUCACUUAAUAUUUCAAGAAGAACAAAAUGGAAUUUUGAAGUGAAGAUCAAAAUGUUCACAUCAUGCUCAUCAGCUUCUGAAAAGAAAAAAAAGAUAAUGUUGGAGAUUUAGAAUACUUUCCAGAAAUCAGCUUCUACUCACAGCCCGUAAUCACAAUGUUGACCAUCAUUUCCACAUGUUGCUGCUCUUAGGACACUAUUCCUUUUGACAAUGUGGUUUUAGACUUCAUGGGGGGUCAUUUUAACUUUGGGCAAUGAUAUACAAUGUGUUUGAUUGAAUUAGCCACUCAUUUUACAGCUCUGUUUAUUUUUUGACACUGGAUUAGAAAGUCUUGAACUGGGGGCAAUUCAACAUCAUCUGUUUCAUGCUGUCUAAGUUGACAUUACCUCCUUGUGUGUCACAUAUCUCCAGGGUUUUCUGGUUUUUGCUGAAGAGUUGUAGUGUUGUGAAUGCAAAUAGACCACAAUUUUGAAUCACUAUUCAAUUUUUCUCCUCAAAUUUCCUAUUUUGUUUCUACAUCCAACAAUGUAUCAGUUUCUUUAAGCUCUUUGAAAGUCUCUUUCUGCCUUGGAACUGUUUUUCCUGUUUGCUAAGUAUUUUAUUCACCUCUUUUUUAUUCCACAGCCUGCCUUAAUAAACAUUUUUAAUAUUUUACUAGCUUUUUCUGAUUUCUUUUGCAUGAAAUCUGUCUCGGAAUGUGUGACAUCAAUUGUAGUCUUUAUCUGAAUCUUAUUUAAACAUUAUUUUGGUAUCUUCACUGUUGGUCAUUAGUGCUGGAAUUGAUUAAUCAUUUUUUAAAACAUCUCCAAUUAUUUGGUUGGUAAAUGUAUUUUCCAUUGUGAAAUCAAACCUUUAGACAAAGGCUCCUAGGUUUGGUUCUGGUUUGUUGCACAAUUCAUGGAUGACAGCAGGAACAAUGAUUGGGUGAGCCCCUUAAUUGACCUUUAACCAUAAGGAGAGGGAACAACCCAGGUGUGGAUAAUGGUCCAGUUCCUAAACAGUAAAAUGUUUGAAUUUGGCCCACUUAGAUUUAGAAUUAGAAUUAGAUUUAGGUUUUAUUGUCAAAUGUACCCUAGUACGGGACACCAGAGUACAGUGAAAUGUGUACAAUGUCGCCACACUCAACAAAGUACCUAGAUACAAAAUCUUAGUUACAAAAGUAUAAAAAUAAAGAAAUAAGUUAAAAAGUCAAACAUUACAGUCCUUUCUGAAGCAAUGGGCUUGCAGAUACUCCAAGCUGAGCUUUCCCCAAGAUGCCUCGCUCACCCCUGUGCUGGGCUAAGACCAGCCUGUGCUUGCCAGCUCCGACCACUGCUGCUGAUCUCCAUCAGGUACACCAGGCUUCGCUGCCGCUGCUCACAAGGCUUCAGCCCCGACUGCCGCUGUCCUAGUCCGGGCUCAUGAUGGGCCCCAGUCGCUGCCACGCUCUGUUGGCACGUUAGCCACUUUGUGCUUUUCCCUACCCUCCUGGGCGCAAGAUGAUUGAGAGCGCCUGAAAUUAUCUUCUGUAACAACCAGUCCCCAGGCAAGGUUGUCCAAUUUUAUCAUAGUUCCAGAUCAGAAAUUGUCUAAGUUGUCAAUUUCAUCAGGGGCGAGUUAUGAAAUAGUUUUGCUUUUUAGUUUCCACAUCCCUAACCCAUCCCACUUGCUUGUAUCAAGAUUAAUUUAGAAAGGAUCUCUUCCUUUGGGAUCCCUUUAUUCCAGGCCAAAUAAAUUUAUAUUUCCAAGAGAAAAUUUACUCAGGCGUCUUGAAUUAAAGAAAAGAAUGUGUUAAUUCAUUACUGAACAGGAGAACAAAUAACAGCGCAACACACAUACAGAUGCAUUAGGAAUGAGAUAGUGAGUCUUAAAAUGAUAAUAGUUUAAAAAGUUAUAAGGAUCAGUCAGAGUUCUGUGAACAGUAGACAAUGUGGCAUUGUGAUCAUGAUCUUGAGAGAAACCACGAGAAUAGCUAUCGGUGGAUGGUUGAUUUUUGAGAUAUGUGGCUUUUUUUUUUGCUUUUGACCUCUUUCUUGUUGACAGUGAGUGGCUUGUUACACUCAGAACAAUAGAUUAUCUUUUACAUUUUGCCUACAGUGCAAGGAUGUUUAAUGGCUAUUCCAUAGCUGUGGCUUUCACAGAACAUUUGUCCACUGGCACACACACAGAUCAGAGGUCCCUACAGGGUGCUACUUUUCAGGGGUUCACAAUUAAUCUUAGUCAACAGUUAGUUCCAUGCUCAGAAGUUACAAGAUCUACCAAACUUGAUUUGCAGUCUUAAUUUUGAAAAAGCCUUGUCUGAAAAUUCUAUAUGUUCACUUGUUAUUUUUGAUUCAUGAUACUUCGCCUUGUAAUAAAUGAUACUACCCCUUAUAGUGAAUGAACUUCCCCAAAUAAUGGAGAAAAAGAAUAAAAUAUCAUUCCCACCCUU